GUUACCACAGUGGCUUUGCAGGGAGUUCAGUUUGUUUGUGAAGGUGACAGCAGAGCUCAGCAUCACCAUUCAAGAAGAUAUGGCCACAGCCAGCCCUUUCCUGUCUGAGGAUCAGUUUUUGUGCUCCAUCUGUCUCGAUGUUUUCACAGAGCCUGUUUCUAUACCAUGUGGACACAACUUCUGCAAGGCCUGUAUCACCAGGCACAGGGAAAGCAAAGAGCAAUGUCAGUGUCCACUGUGCAACGAAAAGUUCAACAAAGGGCUCAAACUUCGUGUCAACACCGGAUUCAGGGAGGUUGUAGAGAAUUUCAAGAAACAUUAUGCGAUAGCUAAUAAUAAUCAGCCAAUCAAACCAGGACAAGUGCCAUGUGACUGCUGCCUUGACAACAAUUUCAAAGUCUGCGGUGUGGAGUCUAUUCUAAUGCAGGCUCCCCACUUGUGGUGUUUUCACACUGAAGGGCUACACCCAUUCCACAGAUAUUUCUUUCUUCCUGGGGACCUGGGCUUUUCUGAAGGGAGAUUCUACUAUAAGGUUGAGGUCAAAGGGAGGACUGGCUGGGAUUUAGGAGUAGUCAGAGAGUCGGUUCUUCGGAAGAGGACAUUCACACCCAACACCAGGAAUGGGAGCUGGAUCAUAAGAUUGGAGAAUAACACCAACUACAAGGCUCUACAUAAUGUCCCUUUUAACUUCUUCUUGUCAAGGAAACUUGAGAGAGUCAUGGUGUUUGUAGACUAUGACAAUGGACUAGUGUCCUUCUGUGAUGCAGACACUGCGACCAUGAUCUACACUUUUACUGGCUGCAAAUUCCAAGAGAGAAUUUUCCUUUACUACAGACCUACAGAGGACGUCAGCUCUGAACAAAAGCUACAUAUAUUAAUAUUCUUAUUUUUAAUUUUUCUGAUUUGGAUAUGGUCAAAUUAAACAUCACAUCAUCUCUUAAGGACACAGUUGGAAAACCAUGUGUG